CCGGGGCGGCCGUCUGUCCCGUCCCGUCCCCCCUCCCCUCGGCGGCAUGGCGGGCGGCGCGGCGCGGCUGCUCUUGGCCGCCCUGCUGGGCGCCUUGCCGGCCGCGGCCGAGCGGGAGCUGCGCUUCAGGCCGCCGGCCGAGGCCCCCGUCCGGCUCUUCACCGAGCCCGAGCUGGCCAGAUACGACGGGCAACAGGAAGGACAGCCCAUUUACCUGGCGGUGAAGGGAGUAGUAUUUGAUGUCACUUCUGGAAAAGAAUUUUAUGGAAAAGGAGCCCCAUACAAUGCUUUGGUUGGAAAAGACUCAACAAGAGGAGUUGCAAAGAUGUCUCUGGAUCCAGCAGAUCUUACACAUGAUAUAACAGGACUCACAGAAGAGGAACUGACGUCCCUGGAUGAUAUCUUCAAUAAUGUUUAUAAGGCCAAAUAUCCAAUUGUUGGCUAUACUUCUCGAAGAAUUCUGAAUGAGGAUGGCAGCCCCAAUCUAGACUUUAAACCUGAAGAUCAGCCACAUUUCAACAUUAAAGAUGAGUUUUGAGGAACUUUUUUGAACCUAGAGAAUGCCUGGGGAUAGAAUAUUGGAUUGAUUCUCUGUUUUCUGGAGUUCAGUACAAAAAUUAGCUAUCAUAAGUAAGUUUUCUGUUUAGAAAAUAUCUAUGUGCGUACACACAUAGUUAACAUAGCAUUCUUCCUUCCAGGAAACAAAUAGAUCUGUAUUAGUGUCAUACACUUGGGCUGUUUUCUCUGAAUUACGGGAAUUUUUUCAUAUGAAAGUUCUUUCUGCCUGGAUUUCUCUGUUUACAAGUGUGUAAUGUACAGUUACAUUCCUUAGAAGAGAUAAGGAAGUUUUUAAUAGUUGAAACAUGACUGGUCUUUUUGUAAAUCCCAAGUUGUUUCCCACUCCUUGGAAAAGUGAGAAUACGUUAUCUGAAUGAGUUUACAUCAAUUCUCUGUGCUUCAAGUGAGGGUAGGUUAUCACAUGUACAAACGGGUGUAAUGGAGGCUUACAUUUUAAAAAGCAUUGUGGGAUUUAAUAUUUGAUAGGUUUGAGAAUACCGGAUGUAAAACCACUCAAUCUCUUGAAAUACAGUUACUGUGGAGUAUUUAUGCAAAGCCUACAGCUGUAAACCAAGAAAAAUAAAUCUUUUUUCCCCAUGAGAACUACUGUGACAUUUUAAGUAAGACUAUUAUUAUGUUAGUUUUGAAUAAAUGACACUUUUAAUUUUUUUAAAUAAUUAUAGAAGAUGUCAUCUAUAUUAGAUUAUGAUGAUUUCCUUCUAGCUUCCUCCACUCUUUCUCUGACAAAACCCGGAAAUGAUAGCCCCCUGUUUACCACAUACUCUUACAACACAAGUUUAUUAUAGUAGUUCAGUAUCCUGUGGAUAUUGUUAGCAUCUUUAUAUUGACAAUUUCAGCUCUCACUUUUAAUUUCUGUUAUUUUUAAUUUGUUCUUACUCUGACUUCAUCAUUCCUAUUGCAAAGCAGCGUGCAUUCGUAUGUUCCUCUUGCUUUUAACCUAAUAUAAAACUGCAGAUCCUGUAGGAUCUGCUAGGAAAGCAGACCCCUUUUAUCAGGUUUCUCUGGCAGUCUUUCAGCAACAAGAGGACCGUAAAAGCAUGUGUGUCCUGGUUUGAGAUAGAGCAGAGCCAAUUUCCUUUUCAGUAAUUUUACUUUUCAGUUAAGUCUCUUCUAACUAAGUAUGGUGUUUUUUUCAGACGGUGUCUGCUUUCAGAGUGAUAAGGUCUGAUGUUUAUAGUUAAUGCCAAGGAAUGGUAUGCAGAGAGGUGCUUGCUUACACUUACUGCUGUAACAGCCAAGGUUAACUAACUCUGUUGUGUGCCCUGUUGGAGGGUUGGAAGCAGAAGAGCGUAGAGGGGUUGCAUCUGCGGGGAGGAGAGGACAGGACAGGUGACCCAAAACUGACCAACAGGGUCCUCCAUCCCAUCUGCCCCAUGCUCAGUAUAAAAGCUGAGGGAUCAAAGGGGUCAGUCUCUGCCUUUGAUCCUGAUCUGUGCGUUCCUGACUCCAGUUCCCAAACCCAGUUCCUGUCUGUCACCAAGUCCAGUCUGGGACUUUCCCAGUGGCUGCUGGUGACAUUCUUGCCAUCCUGGGAGCUUGAUAUUGGUUUUGUGUAUAAGGUAUAAAUUUCAUUAUUUUCUUAUUAAUAUUAUUAUCUUUUCUUUUUAUUAUAUUUAAUUAAAGUAGUUGUAGUUUCUUUUUCAACCCUAAGUCUCUCACCCUUAUUCUCUCUCUUCUCUUCUGAGAGGGGAGAGAGCUUAAAAGAGAGCAUCUGUCAUUUGUUUAGUGGUAAGCCCAGCCUAAACCAUGACAGAUUUAUUAGUGCCCAACGUGAGGCAGGAGCAGGGCUCUGACAGAUUGCCUGAAUAGUUUGAAUUCCAGCUUGCUCAGCUGAGAGAGUAUCGGAUUUUUUCCUCUGAGAGUCCUGAGGGGUUUGAAAUUAAAACAGGCAGCUCACAUCAUGUUGUUCUCGAGCAAAAUAUUAUAUCGUGUCUUUACAGAGUUUUGUUUAAAAUUAGUUGAUGCAAUGCUGCUUAACCUGCUGUAUGUGUUGUGCUAUUAUUCAUUUGUGCAUUGUGUUUAUUUGUGGUGGUUUGGUUAGGAGUGCUGGGCAAAACAUGCUAUUUGGCUAUGGUUUUUUACUGCUAUUUAUGCUGGAAUAAACUGGGCCACGACUAUACCUGCA